GUUUUGGUUCCGCAAAAUACGCGAGUCUAGUUGAUUCUUGCUCAAAAAGUGCAAAAGACAUUCUCAGAGUCCCAAAAUUCUCUAGUGAAAAGGAGACAAUCGCUAAAAAUAGAUCAAAAGAAGCAUAAAAAGUGUAAAUAUUUGUGAUUCUAACAAAAAGACAAAAAAAUAUCAAAUUAAAAAUAAAUAAAAGAAAUGAUAACAGAGAGAAAGUUCCGCGAAUGAGAAUAAAAAAGUGAAUCAUUGUCGAAUAUUGCCACAAAAAAUUUUAACAGUGAAAAAAGACUUGAAAAAAAAAUAAAUAUUUAGAGAAAAGUGAAAGAAAAUUCAAACGAUGGACGACUCAGGAAACCACACAGUCGAAUUGUACAUCUACGACCUCAGUCAAGGCAUGGCAACGAUGAUGUCACAAAUGUUGCUAGGACGUCAGAUUGACGGCAUUUAUCACACAGCUGUCGUUGUUUUUGGACGCGAGUUUUUCUACGGAUCUCAUGGAAUAUCGAGCAUCACACCGGGCACCACAGUUCUCGGCAAACCACAGAAAAAGCAGAAAAUCGGCGAAACAUUUAUACCGUAUCAAGUAUUCAAAGACUACGUUCGUGGAUUAGCUGAAAGUACCUUUAGAGGUGCCUGUUACAACCUUCUCAAGCACAAUUGCAACACCUUUUCCGAGGAUUUGUGUCAAUUUUUGUGCGGCACUAGCAUCCCGAAGUAUAUUUUGGACCUGCCGCAAGAGAUUCUCUCGACGCCGCUCGGACAAAGUCUCGCUCCCUUGAUUGAAAGUCUCGAGGCACCGCAACCCGGCAGUUCUGCAUUCUCAUUCGAGCCACAAAUCGCCCAACGUGAAACAUCGCCCGGCUUUGAUGCGCUAAACACCGAAAUUGAGGCAGCGCGACAACACUCACAGGCACUCGACGAACGACGACAAGCGAUAAAUGAGAAAUUAGCGCGAAAGGAGCGCAAAAAGAACGGAGAAAAGAAGCACAAGAAGAAAAAGUCGAAAUCCGCAACGGGAAAUAGUUCAGGAGAGAGUGAUCAGAAUUCAAACAGCAUGUCUGAAGCAGAAAACGGAAAUGGCACAGCUGAAGUUGCUGCCGAAAUGCUUCCGUCCGAACAGGCGCUCGAAGAUGAGGCUGCCGAAAAACGUGCCGAAGAGGAACGCAAACGGGCACGUGAUCCACCGAUCGUUUUCAAAGACAUCGAUGCCAAAACUGAGCUCGAAGGUCUCGUCAAACUGGUCGACGAUAAAUUAGUUGAAGACGAAAAAGUUGCGCUGGAAGAGUUGCAUCAAUAUCUCCUCUUUGGCGAAGGUUCGUGGGCCUUGGGAGACUCCUUCCUCGUAUUUGUCGGACAUGUGUUGCGCGAUCCCGAAAUGUCGCCCGAGACACGAGUGCAUUUAUUGCGAGCCCUUGCCUGUUGUGCCUUGAAAGACGACGUUAUUCUCUUGUUGCACCAAGACAGACGCGAUCACGUGAUGAUGAAUUACGCACAAGACAUCGACAAACACACGCCCGAGGAGCAACAGGCACUUGCCCUGUUCCUUUGCAAUUUGUUUGAGAACACAAAUGCUUCGGAGUGGCUUUUGUACAUCAGCGAGUGGCAAUUCAACAAUCAGACUGUAUCGAAUAUCCGGAUAACGACGAAGGCGGCGGUGCAUUGCUUGCUCGCUACUUGUCCGAAAUUGCAGGAUUUGGGGUCCGCAAUUGUGCAUAAUUUGGCGUGCAAAGAUGUGAAGACUGUGGUCUUUGAUGACAUUUCGGUGGAAAUCUCGAUGGCAUUGCUCCAAUUCUUCCAACAGCAACCGGACGAAGAACGUUUGUUCCGCGGCAUGAAAGCUCUCUCGAAAUUCGUCUUUGUGUCGCCCGAUAUCCCACAAUUAGUGCAAAUGAUCGGACCCAACCCGAAGGAUUUCAAAGGAAAAAGUGGCCGAGUCGACGAGAUGAUUGAAAUUAUUUCAAAGAAAGUCCGCUAAAUGUCACAUUUUUUACCUUUUACGCUAAAACGCUAGAAUAGUUAUCCAUAAAUAUAUUAUUUAUUCUACGGCAAACACAUUUUACUAAGACAUAAGAAAAUUUUCUCACUAAAAAUUGUUGAUUUUGGGACAAGGGUUUUGGAAUGUAUGACUAUGAUUUACACAAAAAAAAGAGAUAAAAAUAAAAUGUAACACGU